UCAGACUGCAUUUACACACAACCACUAAACAAGCAUCUGGUCAUUUCUCUUUGCUGUCUUGUUUCUUCCAGCAUUUUUUUCACCUCUGAAGGGAAACACAAUGACUGGCCAUAAGUGGGGUUAUGGUGAAGUGGAUGGUCCAUCUGCAUGGCACAAAUCGUACCCCAUUGCUCAAGGUGCCCGUCAAUCUCCAAUUAACAUCGUGCCCGAAGAGGCGGUUUAUGACAGCCGCCUGCCAGGCAUCUCACUCAGCUAUGAGAACUGCACAUCUCUUACCAUAUCCAACAAUGGCCACUCUGUGGUGGUGGAGUUUGAGGAUAUGGAUGAUCGAUCAGUGAUCCAAGGAGGCCCACUUGAAAAUGCAUACAGACUCAAACAGUUCCACUUCCACUGGGGAGGAAAAGGCUGUGAUGGCUCUGAACACACUGUCAGUGGGAAGACCUACGUGUCUGAGCUACAUCUAGUGCAUUGGAACGCUGUGCGCUAUCGCACGUUUGGUGAAGCCGCUGUAGCUCCUGAUGGCUUGGCUGUGCUGGGCAUCUUUCUGGAGAAAGGAGAUGAACACCUGGAUCUAAACAUUAUAACUGAUGCUUUGUAUAUGGUCAAAUUCAAGGGAAACAUCGCAAAUUUCAAAGGCUUCAACCCAAAGUGCCUCCUACCUCCUAGUCUAAGGUUUUGGACCUACCCCGGCUCUCUGACCACUCCUCCGCUCUAUGAAAGUGUCAUAUGGAUUGUUCUCGCUGAAUCCAUUAGAGUGUCUGAUAAGCAGAUGGGAAAGUUCAGGAUGUUGCUCUUUAGUGCUGAAGAGGAGGAACAGAGGAAACGCAUGGAGAACAACUUCCGUCCUCCACAGCCUCUGAAGGGCAGGACGGUCCGUGCCUCCUUUAAGUAGCCCACUAGUCAUCAUAUUGACACUGACAUGUUUUAGCAUCAUCUUUCUGCAACCUGGAAGUCUUAGACACUGUUUUUCUUUAACUGAAGUCAGGCACAUUGUAAGACUCAGUACAAAUAUAAACCCAACCCCAAUACUGUGAAAGCACUUGCUCUGUAGGUUUACCUGCCAUGUUGUAGCCUGCCAAGAAACAUUAGUCAUCUCAUAACAUUUAUCAGACAUAAGAUAUGAGCAGAAGAUGCAAAAUACAACCAGGUGUUAUGUUUUUUUGUUUUUUUUUAUCUGGUUUUGCUUUUUUGCUGAAUAGAUGAUUUUAUAUGAGGAGUGGAAUGGUUCUUUUGCGAGUCCUUCCUAAAACACCUUGAAGUCCUGAGCCAUUUUACAGUUCUUCUAUAAUCCAUCAGGAUCAGACAUGUGUGCUGAAGGAUCCACCCUCACGUGCGUGCAGUGAAUCGCAGACCACAUGACCCGGGGCAAGCCUUCUGAUUUUCCACAUUAUUUGGAUAGUAACCAACCUCUGGCAAGCCGCACUCUUCACCACUUAUUAUCCUGACCAAAGGAUGCAACUCAUUACGAAAUACUCCAGAGAUUUCCGGGGUCGUAAUCUAACAAAAUGUUCCAUUGAUUAUUACUGUAAACAAUAUGUUGUCCUGUCAUGUACAAAAUAAUGAAUGAAUGAAUUUUGCUAAGCUAGUGCUGUUUUUACUUUGCAGUGCUCUAUUUCUCCCUCUGAUGAUUCAUAAUGUCUCAAUUUGACUUGGUUUAACCCCAGUGAUUAGCAAGGUAGUUGAAAUGAGCCACUGAGAUGUUGUUACUGCUUAUAGACAGAAUAGAAAAUUAGUACAAUAUUAAUCAUCUAAAUAUUAGCUUUCAUUUAAAAGUAUAAUUAUUAAGAUUGUUAAUGCCACUGAGUCUUACUUCACACAUUACACUCAAGCCUGACAGAAUUAACAAGUUUAAAGGCGUUGAACCACGACUGGUACUGAGUCAAAAAAAAAAAAAAAAAAAAAAAAAAAAACAGCCUUUCCCACUUGACAUAACAGCUUAAAGUGUGUUUUGCAGGAUUGCUUGGAUUACUCAUAUUGCUUUUUCUUAGGUGUGGGGUUCUUUUGAAAUCCAGACCAGCUCAUUAAUAUAGAUUUACAGAAAUCUAUAGAAGCCUGGAAUCCCUUUAAGAGAUGAUCGAGUUUGCGUCCGAGAUGAACGCUGCUGCAUUUAUUUACUACAUUCUUCACAGGGAUCUCUGUGGCUGCAACUUGUCUACAGUUUAUAGUGAAUCACUGAUGUUAUAGCUGGGGUGUGUUGUGUGUAAUGGAUGAUAAAAUCUCUUUCAACACCAUAAAUAGAGAAAGGCUCCAUUUUACAGUACAUGUUUAACCCUUAAAGAAUACUUGGGUGUUACUAUAAGAGAGUUUGUUGGCAGCUUUAUAUUCUGCAUUUAGUUUUAAAAAUAAUUGAAUUUAGCUAGACUUUAUUGACGUGUUGCUAGCAGACAUAUACACCAGGCUUACAGAUUUAUCUACAGUCGUUUGUCAUGUUUUUGUUUAGUCAUAAUAUGGUUCACAAAGAGUGAUCUGAUAAUUAAAAUGGGAUCAAUGGAUGGAUUUGUGCUUGAAAUUAUUUAUUGUCAUUUUAUUUUUCUAUUCAAAAUGUAAGAAUAUGGUUCUGUUAAUUAUAAUAAAAGUAAAAAUAAUGACUUUCA